CGGCUUGCAUCACACUCGAUUCACUCACGGUUCGUCAGUUAAACGAUAAACAUCACCGGCUAUAUUCAAGCACUCGAUUGCAUUCACAAUGAGUAAUUUUUUCGAUACCAUUGAUCCGACCAUUUUCCGGUCGUACAUCUUCUGGUGCUCGGUGCUGGGCCUGAAGAUGUUGGUCAUGUCCGUUCUGACGGGUAUGAAGCGACACGCCAAAAAGGCCUUCGCCAAUCCGGAAGACGCGCCCAAGGGCGUUAAGGUAGUCACAAACGAUCCGGACGUGGAGCGUGUCCGCCGUGCACAUUUGAACGAUCUGGAGAACAUCCUGCCCUUCUUCAUCAUCGCUUUCCUGUACAUGUUCACCAAUCCGAGCGUAUUCGUGGCCACCAAUCUGUUCCGGGCGGUUGCCCUAGCGCGAAUUGUACACACCCUGGUCUACGCGGUGUUCGUCAUUCCUCAACCAGCCCGCGGACUUUCUUGGAUGGUGGGCUUCUUCAGCACGGGCUACAUGGCCGUCAAAACGAUUCUGGCGUUCCUCUAGAUUAGUGGUGCUCAACCUGUGGGCCGUGGCUAAAGUAUGCGGUCCGCGGACAUUUUUAGAUAUAUGAAAAUGGAUAAUCAAUUUUUAAAAAUGAA